CGCUCGUCACUCUUCAUUUCCAUUUCCAACAAACAGAUUUGAGAAAAUGGGGAGCCCAUACUAAAUUCAUUCUGACAUUUUCGCAAACACUAGGUACGCACUCACUCAAACUCUCUCGAGAUCUCGAGUGAUCGAUCGGAAAAUGGGGAGCAGCACGGUAGGACUAGCGCCGGGACUGUCAAGAAAACUGAAGAAGGUAUUAGAAUGCCGAACGGACUCGCCAGAUCUCUUAUCUUCCCUCAACACACUGUCAUCGUUCUACACCGAAAACACUCCUCAGUCUCGCCGCAACCUCAGGUACACUAUCGAGACGCGCGCUCUCGACAUCAACCGCGAGUUCCUCCGCGCCUCCGAUCCUGCUCAGCGCGCCUUGGAUCGCGUGGAGGAGCAGGUCAAUGCGCUCUCCGAUUGCUGCGAUAGGAUCGCCAAAGCAUUGGACAGUUGCAGUGCCAAAACUGGAGACAUCAUCAGUACUACAGAGAGAUUGAAGCAGGAGCUUGAAAUCACAACCCAACGGCAAGAGAUUGUUUCGUGUUUUCUUCGCGAUUAUCAGCUCUCUAACGACGAGAUAAAUGCACUGAGGGAGGAAGACCUCAAUGAGAAUUUUUUCAAGGCACUCUCCCAUGUUCAAGAAAUUCAUGCCAACUGCAAAUUACUGCUUAGGACACAUCACCAGCGUGCUGGCUUGGAGCUCAUGGAUAUGAUGGCUGUGUACCAAGAAGGAGCAUAUGAGCGCUUGUGCAGGUGGCUUCAGGGGGAGUGUAGGAAAUUAGGUGACACUGAUAAUCCUGAAGUUAGUGAGCUUUUGAAGACAGCAGUUCGCUGCCUCAAGGAACGGCCUGUCCUUUUUAAGUAUUGUGCAGAAGAGGUGGCAAAUAUGAGGCAUAAUGCAUUGUUUAGAAGAUUUAUAAGUGCUCUUACACGUGGAGGACCUGGUGGAUUGCCUCGGCCUAUUGAAGUGCAUGCUCAUGAUCCCUUACGAUAUGUAGGGGACAUGCUAGGUUGGCUACAUCAGGCCUUAGCAUCUGAACGAGAACUUGUUCUUGCGUUACUAGAUCCCGAUGCUGUAGUAGAUACUGGACCAACUGCAAAGAGAUUUUCUACGAGCCUGGAGAGUGAUUCUGGGAAGACAGAGUCUGACAUGACAUUUGUUCUGGAUAGAAUUUUUGAAGGAGUUUGCCGGCCAUUUAAAGUGAGAGUUGAACAAGUUUUACAAUCUCAACCUAGUCUUAUAAUUUCAUAUAAACUCAGUAACACGCUGGAGUUCUACAGCUACACUAUUUCAGAUUUACUUGGGAGAGAAACAGCUCUCUGUAAUACUCUUUGGGCACUGAAGGAUGCUGCUCAGAAAACUUCUUUUGAUAUUCUGAAAAAUCGAGGAGAAAAGCUUUUACGGUAUCCCCCCCUAGUUGCUGUUGAUCUUUCCCCUCCACCAGCAGUAAGAGAAGGGGUCUCCGUGCUUCUUGAAAUAAUUGAGACCCAUAACAGUGUGAUGGUUCCAGCUUCAGGGAAGAAGCCUGAUUUUGGUCCAGUGAUAUCUGCUUUACUUGAUCCUAUUAUUCAGAUGUGUGAGCAAGCAGCAGAGGCCCACAAAUCCAAAGGUGCUGGUUUCUCAUCAAGAAGAAGUAGAAUGAAUUCUGACCCAGGACAGAUAAGUAAAUCAUCAGUUGAUGCUCUCCUGUCAAGCAGCAGUUCUGUUCCAUCCUCCCAGAAUAAUGAAACUCCUUCCAAGAUCUUCCUCAUCAACUGCUUGAGUGCCAUCCAACAACCAUUAUAUGGACAUGAGGUUGCAGCUGAAUAUGUGAAGAACCUGGGAGCAAUGAUAGAUAAUCACAUGCGUGUCCUUGUGGAAAAGGAAGUUGAGGCCAUCCUAAGAAGGUGUGGCUUGUCACAAAAGAUGCUUCACUUCCAUAACUCACUCAACAAGGAGGCUGGCAAUACAAGGGCCCCAUUAGCAGAGUUGGAGGACACAGCUCCAGCCUCUCUUUCAGAGUGCUUGAAGGCUUUCUUUGGGCUUGUUUUGGGAAGUGAGAGUUCUAUGCCGGAAUUUGAGCAGAUGCAGGUUCCAAAGCUGCGUUCAGAAGCUUGUAUCCAAGUGGCUAAAUCACUGGCUGAAGCUUAUGAGCUUAUGUACAAGGCAAUCAUGGAUCCUGCAAAUGGCUAUCCAGACCCCAAGUCAUUGGCAAGGCACCCUCCAGAUCAGAUAAGGACCAUUUUAGGAAUAUGAAGCUUUAUAAAAGUUCAAUUUUUUUUUAUAUAAUUCUUUUUUGUUUCUUUCAGUUUUCACAUUAUAAAAAAUGUGUUUUUCUUUGUAUUAUAACUAGAUUGAUGCUACUAUUUUCUUCAACAUAAUAGUUCUAUUGUUGAUACGAACAUAUUAAUAUUCUUUAUUAGUAGUUUACAUAAUUAAUAAACGGGUCAUUCAUAUGUUUUUAUAA